AUGCUCGCGACACAGAACAGUUUCAACAGUCUCGAUGAUGAUACCAAUAGCAACUUGCAAAUGACACACCAUCACAAUACUAUUCUUGAUGCUCUCGAUGAGCUGGAACUCAUGGAAGUCAACGACGAUCCCAAUGCUGAUCAAACAGAUACCGACAAUGACGAAUCACAAGAACUUGAAGUACUAGACUCUGCUACAGGCCCUCUUGUACCACCAAAGAUUCCUAUCCCCUCUCCAACAGUGUCAAAGAAACGAAAACGAGAUAAGAAUGAUGAACCUACUACUCCUGUCACAAGGGAUAUCUCAUACAUGGUCUCUAUCCUCUCGGCUAGUGAAAUGAAGAAGGCCAAGAGCAAAUGGGAGCCAGUCAACACAUCCAUUGACCUUCGCACUAAUGAACCAUGGGACACUCUCAAAGCACAGAUUCUUGUGAAGAUCUCAACAGCAAUCAAUCCCCGCAUGCUCCAUUUCGACGACUACUCGCUUACCUAUCACAUCUCUCAGGUUCUACCUAAACCUGGCUUAUCUCUCUUGACUGAGGCUGACUACAAUGGUAUGAUGAAACGGGUCGAUGGAAUGGCUGUGAAGGCUCUGACUGUCAACAUCAAUGUUAUCCAAACACAGCUGGCUAGCAAAAACAACGAAAACCAGGGCGAGGAUGAAUCAGAGCUUGCAAAGUCCAAGACGAAGAAAUGA